GAUGUCGCGGCUCACACCAGGGCAGGGGCCGGGAGAUUGGUGUCCCGUGAGGGGGCUGGGCUGCUGCGUGUAUUUUUCCCAGAUCUCCGGACUGCAGAUCGAGCCGGUGUCUAGGGCACGAUGCCCGUGGGACCAGAGCUGGAAUUAAAGCAGCACCGGGGUCGACGAGGACCCGACUAUCUAGGGUUGGUAUGGCUGCCGGCUGGGGGAGCCUCUUACAGGAUCAGCAGCAGCUGGAGGAGCUGGCCCGGCAGGCUGUGGACAGGGCCCUGGCUGAGGGAGUGUUACUGAGGACCUCACAGGAGCCCAGCUCCUCGGAUGUGGUGAGUUAUGCUCCGUUCACGCUCUUCCCGUCGCUGGUCCCUAGCGCCCUACUGGAGCAGGCCUAUGCUGUGCAGAUGGACUUCAACCUGCUGGUGGAUGCUGUCAGUCAGAAUGCUGCCUUUCUGGAACAAACUCUCUCCAGCACCAUCAAAAGGGACAACUUUACCGCUCAUCUCUUUGACAUCCACAAGCAAGUCCUGAAAGAGGGAAUUGCCCAGACUGUGUUCCUGGGUCUGAAUCGCUCAGACUACAUGUUCCAGCGUAAUGCAGAUGGCACCUCAGCCCUAAAACAGAUUGAAAUCAACACCAUCUCUGCCAGCUUUGGGGGCCUAGCCUCUCGGACCCCAGAUGUGCACCGACAUGUUCUCAGUGUCCUGAAUAAGACCAAAGAAGCUGCCAAGAUUCUCUCCAAUAAUCCCAGCAAGGGAUUGGCCCUGGGGAUCGCCAAAGCCUGGGAGCUCUAUGGCUCAGCCAAUGCUCUGGUGCUUCUGAUUGCCCAAGAAAAGGAACGGAACAUAUUUGACCAACGUGCCAUAGAAAACGAGCUACUCAGCAGGAACAUCCAUGUAAUUCGACGAAGGUUUGAAGAUGUCUCUGAAAAGGGAAUGCUGGACCAAGACCGUAGGCUGUUUAUGGAUGGCCAGGAAAUUGCUGUGGUUUAUUUUCGGGAUGGCUACAUGCCAAGUCAAUAUAGCCCACAGAACUGGAAAGCACGCCUGCUGCUGGAGAGGUCAUGUGCUGUCAAGUGUCCGGACAUUGCCACCCAGCUGGCUGGGACAAAGAAGGUGCAGCAGGAGCUGAGCAGGGCAGGAGUGCUGGAGGCGCUGCUCCCUGGCCAGCCUGAGGCAGUGGCUCGCCUUCGGGCCACCUUUGCUGGCCUCUACUCACUAGACAUGGGUGAAGAAGGGGACUGGGCCAUCGCUGAGGCCCUUGCUGCCCCUAGCCAGUUCGUGCUAAAGCCUCAGAGAGAGGGUGGAGGUAACAACCUCUAUGGGGAAGAGAUGGUGCAGGCCCUGGUGCGACUGAAGGACUGUGAGGAGAGGGCCUCCUACAUUCUGAUGGAGAAGAUCGAACCUGAGCCUUUUGGGAAUUGCCUGCUACGGCCUGGAAGCCCCGCCCGAGUGGUCCAGUGCAUCUCAGAGCUGGGCAUCUUCGGGGUCUAUGUCAGGCAGGGCCAGACACAUGUGAUGAACAAGCACGUGGGGCAUCUGCUUCGAACCAAAGCCAUCGAGCAUGCUGAUGGCGGUGUGGCGGCAGGCGUGGCGGUCCUGGACAACCCGUACCCUGUGUGAGGGCUUCACUCAAGACCUUCUAGCCCCCACACCUGCCAUUCCUCUCCUCACCUUCCCCCCGAGAGGACUGGUCUGUCCUUCCUUCCAGAGACAAUCAGAGUCUUUACAGAAAGGUAAAUGCUAGAUACUUUUUCCCAGCUCUCCUAUCUGAUGACCAGAAAAACUGUUUUUCCUUUAGGUGAGAUCAGGAGGCCCUGAAAUCCUCAGAGUGUGGGGACAGCUGACAGGAAGCUGCUCUGAGCUGAGGGUUCAUAACCCUGCCCACCCCUCCUCUCAGCUGUUUGUCAGCCAUCUUCAGCAGGGUCUAUUGUCUGAGUUGGAAUAGGGCUUGGGGGUGGGGCGGGAUAUAAAGGCAUAGCCUUUUCCCAUCUCUACCUUAAAUAAAGUUAUCUUGCUGUUGA